AUGAAGCUGGGGCGUAAAGCGCAGGCGUGCGCGCUCUUGGCGCUGAUAUGCGCUCAGGCGGCGUUUGCCAACCCGAUACCUCAGGGACUGCUCAAGGGACUCGAGUUCAAAGGAGGGGCGAGCAAGGGCCAGACCGCGGGGGCUGUGCUUGGCGGCAAGGCAAACCUGAGCUGCCCGGCUGGGUACACCCUGGAGCAGGACAAGCUUGGACUGCCCCACUGCGCCAAGCGGACGGCUCUGGACUGCCCCAAGGGCACGUUCCUGAACGAGGCGUCCGGCACCUGCUGCCCGCCUGAGAACCUGUGCUUCCCGAGCCUGGCGGGCGUCUGCCCCCACGGCACCAUCGUGAAGACCAACUGCACUGCGAAGGUCAAGAUCGGCAACGGCCUGCCCACCGCCAAGUCCGUGACCUCUGAGAUCGUGCAGGCCAACAAGGUCAACGACCCCACCUACAGCACCAAGCUGCAGGCCUCCCUGGCCAAGAAGCCCGAGUCCGGCGCCAAGCCCGCUGAUGAGGAGGUCGAGGCCGAGGCGCUCUCCGGCCACGGCCGCAAGCUCGCGUCGAUCGGCGGCUCCAUCCUGACCACCCUGGCCAACCCCGCCGUGACCGUCAACGCGGAGCGCUUCCAGCCCAUCGUGGUGCUGCCCAAGCCCAUCCUGUCCUUCGGCGUGCCCGCCAGCGCCGCCGGCGGCUUCCCCCAGGACCCCGUCAAGUUCACCCGCCCGAGGCCCCCGAUCGUGGUGCUGCCCAGGCCCCCGCUGGAGUUCAUCCCCCCGAACAUCAACGUGAAGGCCCCCGAUGUGCAGAUCCCCACCCGCGACAUCGUCGUCCCCAUCCUGCCCGUCCCCCCGGUCACCUUCAUCCCCCCGGCCUCCCUCAGCACCAACGCCGGCGGCCUCAACAUCGCCCGCAAGUACGCCGUCAUCGACGCCAGCCGCCUCGGGCCCCGCACCUCGUUCGAGGUCAACCUGCCCUCCCCCCUGGACGUCGGGGACUUCUACCCGCCCGUGCAGGUCGAGGUCAAGCCCCCGGGCCAGACCGUCAUCGACCUCUCCUCGUUCGGCCCCCGCGACUCGACCGUGGUCACCCUGCCCAACUGGAACAUCACGCUGCCCGACCCCGUGAAGGUCAUCCCCGAGCCCGGCCACGUGCGCGUGGUCAACCUGGCGGGUGCGCAGACCGGCCCCGUGUACGAGUUCAACAUCCCCAACCUGCCCGAGCGCAACAAGAUCAACAUCAACCUGCCCAAGGUUAACUUCACGGGCGUCACCCUGCCCGGCUCCCGCGACAAGGACCUGGUGAUCGUCAACCUCAAGAACCCUGACAUGCCCCCUCGUCACAUGAUCAAGGUCACCGUCGACGCGUCCAAGGCCGGCAUCGCCAACCUGCCCCUGCCCUACAAGCUCAAGGCCUCCGGCCCCAACACGACCAACAUCAACGCGGUCACCCUGCCGCCGAUCAACUUCCCCGACAGGAUCGGCAACAUCGUCACAAUCGAUGCACGCCACAACACCACCGGCCCCAAGCUCGAGGUCAAGGGCCUGCCCGACAUCCAGGUCGUGUCCGUCACCCUGCCCAACCCCCCGAAGUUCGGCCGCGAUGUCAACCUCACCCUGCCCAACAUCGACCUGCAGCACUUCGUGCCUGCCGGCAUCAAGCCCGGGGACGACGGCGGCCUCAACCUCACGACCACCGUCAUCGAGGCCAAGCUGCCCAGCUUCAACGUCAUUCCCGCCCUCAACAAGCCGUUCAUCAAGCCCGGCAACUUCUCCAUCUCCACCAAGGGCGACGGCGCCGGCAAGGGCGCGUGGGGCCUCAGCGUGUCUGUUGAGGACGUCAUGUUCGGCAAGCCCACCCCCGUGGCGCCCAUCAAGAUCGGCGGCCCCAUCAAGUCCGACAGCGCGCUGGGCAUCAUCCGCGACGCGGUGGUCUCCUACAUCGACAACGAGAGCGGGCAGUUCUGCCAUAACACGUGCUGCCCCGCCUGCAAGCCGCGGCCGGUCAAGACCGAGUUCGCGCCCCUGGUGGUCAAGGCCGCCGAGCCCCAGGCCCCUGUCCCGGCCGAGAAGCCGGAGGCGUGA